AUGGGCAUGGAGUUAUGUGAUUCCAUCAUCAUCAUCAUCAUCAUCUUCUUCUUCUUCUUCUGCAAUAAAACUUCUACUUCCAUUACCAUUCUUCUUGUCUAUGUUAAUGAUAUUCUUCUCACUGGUGGUGAUUCUCUUUAUAUUUCCACUCUUAUUCAACAAAUGCAUGCUAAAUUUUCUAUGAAAGAAUUGGGAGCUCUCAAUUAUUUUCUGGGCAUCUCCGUCUCUUCUUCUUUUUCUUCUUCUUCAAGCUAUGUUUUGUCCCAGGAAAAGUAUGCUUCAGAUAUUUUAGCUAAGGCUAAUAUGAGUGAUUGCAAGUUCUAUGCCUCUCUUAUGGCUAUUAAGGAUGUUCUCUCUGUUGGCACUGAUUCUCUUUUCUUUCAGUCCAGUUUUUAUAGAAGUUUAGUGGGAGCCCCUCAAUAUCUGACCAUCAUUCAACCGGAUCAUAGUUUUUCUGUUAAUCAUCCCUGCCAAUUCUUGCAAAAUCCUCUGCAAAGUCAUUUUACAACCCUCAAGAGACUUCUCAGAUAUGUCAAAGGCACAUUAAGUCAUGGCCUUCACUUUACCAAUGGUCCUCUUGUUCUUAAUGCAUUCUCAAAUUCAUAUUGGGCAAGCAAUAUUAUUGAUAAAAGAUCUACUACAGGUCAUUGUGUGUUUCUAGGUCCUAAUCUUGUUUCUUAG